GCAUUAUUCCCUUUAAUUUAAUGAAUGACUGCAGGCGACGAAAAAGGAGAAAAACUAGCUAGGUGGAAGAGAAAGUGUCGCGCCGUGGCCAACAAAGUUUAUAGUACUGCGUUAGGACGGAUUAAUUGCGCGCGACAGUCGCAGUGAUCGCGCUUAUUGCUGGGAUUCUGCAAUAUUAUCAUUUUAUUUGCACAUGAAAAUGCGACGUGGCGACGUCUGAUUCGUAAAUUGAACAGCUUCGUAGCAGGGCGAUAAAACGGCAAUAAAAAUGAAUAAUCGCCUUCGCUACCUAAGCAUCUCGACACUAUCAUCGUGCCUCAAAAUAACUCGCGCAAGAAACCGAAUUCCAAGUGGAUAUGUGGAGGAUAAGCUGCGAUCUUUGCGCCGCAGUCGAUUGAUAUGCGUAAACACAAAGACAGAACGAUAUACAUAUACACACACACACACAGAGUGAGAGAGCGAAGGAGAGGAGGGGAGCAGGGAGAGGGAGAGAAAAAGGAAGGAGGAGACGCGCGUCGAGAAUAGGCGCGCGCCAGCGGGCUUUCGAACGUGCCGAGGAUCGUAAGUAUUAGUCGUCGUUGGAAAACGUGCGUACGCACGCCCAGAGCCCCACACCACACGCAAACUCUGCGUCGUUUUUGGAAUAAAAUCAGCGUUUGAAUUUUCACUUAAAAAAUCGUCAACAAUGUGUAAAACGGCAACACUAGCGGGUUUGCUGCUGGUGCUGGGGCUCUGCGCGGAGUCGGCACCUACGAGCAAUGGAAAGUUCAGGCUGCGAAUCAUCCACACCAACGACAUGCACUCGAGAUUCGAAGAAACGGCGCAAAAGGACGGUGGCAUUUGCACGAGCGAGGACGCCAAGGUUGGUGGUUGCUACGGCGGCUUUGCCAGGCUGGCGACCCUCGUGAGAGAAGCUCGAGCAAACGCCACCGAGGACGAGCCAGUCUUCUUCCUGAACGCCGGGGACACCUACCAGGGCAAUCAGCUUUUCAGCCACUACCACGCGAAUAUCGUCGUCAAGUUCCUCAACAUACUCGGGCCGGAUGUAGCGAGUCUAGGCAACCACGAGUUCGACGACGGGCCAAAAGGUUUGGCUCCCCUCCUCAACAACGCGAGCUUUCCCAUAGUCGCAGCCAAUCUGGAUUUUUCCGAGCUGCCGAUACUUCAGAAGACGCGGCAAUUGAAGAAAUCGGUAAUCCUCGAAGCGAGCGGCCGAAAGAUUGGGGUAGUCGGCUAUCUCACACCCGAGACGAAGGUCCUUUCCAAAGCCAGGAACGUUAUAUUUUCCGAGGAGGUGCCGGCCAUUCGGGAGGAGGCCAAGAAGCUUAAACUGCAGGGCUGCCAGGUGAUCAUUGCUCUGGGCCACUCGGGCUUCGAGGUGGACAAGAAAAUCGGCCGCGAGGUCGAGGAAGUAGAUCUUGUUAUCGGCGGCCACACCAACACCUUUCUCUACAAUGGCCCGAAGCCGGAUCUCGAAGAAGCCCAGGGACUGUACCCGACCGUUGUCGUCCAGCCCGUGAGCGGCAAGAAAGUGUACGUCGUCCAGGCCUACGCGUACACCAAGUAUCUGGGAGACAUCCGACUCGAAUUCGGCGGAGGCGCUAUCACGAGUAUCGAGGGCAAACCUAUCCUCGUUGAUCACGGCGUCGCCAAAGCCGAGGACGUCGAGGAGGAGCUGAAAAACUGGCUGGAACCGCUGGUCAAGUUCAAGAGAAUGAAGGUGGGCGAGACUCGUGUGCUGCUUGACGGCGAUGAGCGAGCCUGUCGCCUCACAGAGUGCAAUUUUGGAAACCUCCUCACCGACGCCAUGAUUCACCUGAACGCCCAAAAGUACGAAGGUGAAGACGGCUGGACCGACGCGGCGAUAGCGAUCUAUCAGGCCGGAGGCAUAAGAACGUCCGUCGGUGCUACGUAUACGGAUCGAGUAAACGAUUCUGUGUUGCCAGACAAGCUGAGCAACAAAAACGUGACGAUGGAGAUGCUCCUAAGCGCCUUUCCCUUCGGAUCGAACGUCGUAAAGGUCAAGCUGCACGCGAAGAAGCUGCGGGAGGUACUCGAGUGGAGCGUGCACGACAGGCUGGAUCAGACAACUACUAAACACGGCGGAGCAUUCCUACAGUAUUCCGGGCUACAGGUCACAUAUGACCUGAAGAAGCCGCUCAACUCGAGGGUCGUCAGUGUCAGGGCGCGAUGCAGUAAAUGUCUCGUUCCGUCGUUCGAGGACCUGGAUAUGAAUAAGACAUACUUGGUUCUGAUGCCGGACUUUAUGACUGGAGGCGGAGAUGGGUUCAGCAUGCUGACGGAUGAACCCGUGCUCGAGGAAUUCGAGCAACAGGUGGUCAAAGUCGUAGCGGACUAUAUCAAUCAGACGAGUCCCGUUUACCCAGGGCUCGAGGGCAGAAUCAUGUUCGUACGUGAGAACGGAAGCCAGUCCGACGCAGUCAAAUCUGCAUUUCCAAGUCUGCUUCUCGCACUAGGCUGCGUAUCAUUUUUGAGAUUAAUUUCAUUUACCGUGUGACGACAUUUUAUACAUUAAACUCUUGCUUCACGAAAUGCGGAGCUUCUAAUUUUUAUUAUGAUGGAAACUUAAUUAAACCCUCGGGUCAUUUCCGAGAUAUCAAUGUA